UUAAAAAGGUAGUUUAUUUAGCUUUUCACUAAACGUGUAUUAUUUGAAUAUGACUUCCUCAACGUUGUCAACUAGUCUUGCUACACCGUUUACUACCCUACUCCCAGUUCGCUUUUUUAUCUCCUAUACUUCCUUUAAAAAAUAAACUGGGCGUCUCUCUCAUGUAAAAACAGGGCUAUAAAAUAAUAGGAAUCUCCCGGCUCAACAGCAGGGCUGCACCUCUCAGACAAUGUGACUUUCCCAUACAGCACUUGUAUUAACACAGCAAGUGACACGGUCUAGCAGCUGAGAUGUCGAUAAGGAGCAUGCUGGAAUUCAAGGAGCUGGGCGCUGAAGAGAACUCGGACACCGACCGCGACUUGGACAGCGUCAAAGCGCUCACCGAGAAACUGAAGUUGCAGACACGGCGACCGUCAUACUUGGAAUGGAAGGAGAGGCUGCAAUGCCAGCCUUGGAGAGCUGGCGAGAAGGGACAGGACGGGUCUGAGGUACAGUGCCCUAACAAGACCGAAGACGAGGAUUUAAAGGAGGUGGACGCCCUUAAGAGCAGCAGCAGCAGCAGCAGCAGUACAGGUAGCAAGAGCGCCAGUAAAGACGGGGCUGGCACUCUGCAGAAUAUCUGUGGGUUUCACACCAUGGAUGACGCAUUGAACUGGUUAAGGAAAGAACUAAGGGAGAUGCAAAUGCAAGAUAACCAGCUCGCACGGCAGCUCAUGAAGCUACGGGGGGAGAUCAACCAGCUGAAGGUGGAGCAGGUGUGCCACCAUCACAAGGAGAUGCUCGACGACGCCACCUAUGGGUUGGAGGAGUGUGGGGAGGAAUCUGACCUGCUGAGUGACAUCCCCCUGAAAGCAGCUUUCUCGCUCUCCACGCCCCUCAAACACAUCGGGGUCACCCGGAUGAACAUCAACUCUCGCAGGUUCUCUCUCUGCUGAGGCUGGGAGAUACUGCACGCAGGUAACAGGGGUGCAAACCAUUAAAAAAAAAAAAAAGCGCCUACUGGUGGUAAAUUUUCAAAGCCCGUCCUAAUCAAGCUCCCCUCACAACUUCCCACGAGACACAACCCUUCUCUCCUGUGUCUGUGGAUAAGUGUGGGUUGGUCAUGUGAGCAGUCUAGACCCAAUGAUAAACUAUCAUCACCUUUGGUUGCUAAGGAAUUUAAAAAAAAUUAAACAUGUCUGCUGGCGCCAGAAUUUAAAGUUGCUGAUGCUAUAUGAGGUACCCUGGCACUAGAAAGUUGCACCGUUGUGCCAAAUUUUGCACCUCUGGGUAAACAGCUCAGGUUGGGCUUGAUUUCAUAAACUUUUCAUAACAUUUUUUUUUAAAGAGUUUUUAUAAACAUUCUCUUAGGUUAAACAGUGCUUAGAAAACUGAAAAUUGACUUCUCACAGUCGAGAAGUGGUUUAAUGACCUGAAAACUUAAUUUUUUUAAUUAAAAUGAUCUAUAAUAAAAUGUUAUGUAUAGAUCCCCACUGUCUUCAUCAGCAGCUGUGAGGGAACUAAUCUUCUUUUUCAUCAACAAAUUUCAAUGGAACUGGAUCAUGAUUUGGAUGAGAGAAUAUCUUUGGGACUGUAUGUGACAGGAAUACUGUAUGUAGCUCCAAGCCAUGAUAGUCUAUUUUUAGUUCUCAAACUCUGCUCAGGCUACAGGAGAAUACACUUUGUUUCAGUCUAAACUGUAUCUUGCUGCUAUUACUAAAGAACUACCAAACAAUUGUGAGGUUCUGCUGUAGAUUAAGCGAAUGUGCCUGAAUUUUAUAUCUUGUAUAUUCUAUUAAAGUUUAUAAA